AUGGCUGACAAUAAUAGCAGCUCAGGCUCGCUGGUAAUUGACGAGCAAGACUAUGAUGUGCAUGAGGCUGGGCAACAGGGGCAACAGGGGCAACAAAAGCAUCAGCAGCGACAACAAGAGCGGCCAAGUCUAAUCACCCGUGUUUUCAGAUCUGUGUUUGGUUACCGAAAAACAUCUCUUUCAUUAUUUGUUGUGGCUACGAUAGCACUAUGUGUGUCACUUUCCUAUAUCGAUAAUAGUGUUGAUUUUAUCAGUUUUCCAACAGUUGAGUCGGAAGUAAAUUUGCUCAAUGCUGCAUGGCUGGAUUUGCAGGUGAUUGCUAAAGAACAACACCCCUACGGCUCAAUUGGUAACGAUCGUGUACAUGAUUUUUUGGAGAGACGGAUACAAGAAUUGAUAACAGGUGCCAACUUCAUUACUUGGGACAACGACAUCAAUGGUAACAACUCAUUCAUGUUUGAGUCUAGCUCGAAUCCAAAAACAGUAUCGUACUAUGAGAGCAAUAACUUGUUGGUGAAAAUUGAGGGAAAAAAUGCCAAACUCCCGGGUAUUUUGUUGAGCUCGCACUUUGAUUCGGUGCCGACCAGUUAUGGGGUUACUGAUGACGGAAUGGGUGUAGCCAGUAUGUUGGGUAUAUUGAACUAUUUUAGUCAACAAAAAAAGCAACCUGAAAGAACCAUUGUGAUGAAUUUCAACAACAACGAAGAGUUUGGUCUUCUUGGUGCUACAGCAUUCACACGCCACCCGUGGUUUAAACUCGUCAAAUACUUUUUGAACUUGGAAGGCACAGGUGCCGGCGGUAAAGCCAUUUUGUUUCGCGCUACAGACUAUGGUAUUGCAAAGUAUUUUCAAAAUGUGAGAACACCGUACGCCUCGUCAAUUUUCCAGCAGGGAUUUGCCAAUGGCCUCGUUCACAGCGAAACAGACUACAAAGUAUACAAAGAAGCUGGUAUGCGAGGCUUGGAUCUUGCAUUUUUCAAGCCUAGAGACUAUUACCACACUGCGGAGGACAACAUAAGAAGAACUAGUGAAAAAUCGCUUUGGCAUAUGUUAUCAAACUCUUUGGACUUUAUCGAUUACUUGUCGAAGGAUAAAGAGUUUGGAAUGAACCUUGAAGAAAAGCCCAACUUGCUCGAGGAGCCAGCGGUGUUUGCAUCGUUUUUGAACUAUUUCUUUACCAUUUCUACAUCCCAACUCUUCAAGAUCAAUGUAGCACUUUUGACGGUGUUUCCAAUCUUGAAUGGUCUCUUGCUUUUGUACACUAUCAGGUCAAGAAAGUGGCAAGUUUCGUUUUCGAGCGCUAUAUCUAUCCCUGUGGCAUUGCUAGUUACCAUGUUUAUCGUUGUGUACUUGGUUGUGGAGAGCUAUAAAAGCUUUAACCAGUAUUUGCCUUCAUCGAGGCCCUUACUAUUGGUUGCCACUAUAACGUCGAUCCUGUUGUUAGUGUUUAGUAUCAUUUUGGUUGCAUUCAGCUUUUUUUCCAUCAUUGCAGAGGAAAACUUGAGGCUAUUGGCGAUAGUGGAGUUGUCAUUUGCAUACUGGGUCGGGUUAGCGUUUACAACACAUGGUCUUUCUGGUGCUGAAAGUGCUCGCCAUUCGGGUGAGUUUGCAGUCAGCAUAUUGUUUACCUUGGAAGCUGUGGCUUCUUUCUUGGGCUUGAUUGGCUGGAGUCUUUGUCGAAACCGUUCUCAUUUGCAAGUGGCGGAAGGUGAGUCGGUGCCUCUUUUGAAUGGAAUCGACGCUAGAUAUUCAAGUGAUAAUGACCAUGAUCAUGAGCACCGACACGGCCAUGAAGAUAACGAGCAUGGUGAAGCGCAUGUGCAGCAGCAGAGCCAGUCUCGGCACAAGAAACAAUGCAAAGAAACAGUUCAUUCAUUUGGCUAUGACUGGUCUUUGCAGUACUUAAUCACGGUACCUCUAUCUAUUUUCAUCAUCUAUAAUAGUGGCUGGCUCGUACUAGAGGGUGUCAACAAGACUCUUCAAGAGUCUGCGAAAGCAGAAACAUUUGUUUACAACUUGUUAUGGAUUGUGUCUGUGUCUCUAGUGCUUCCGCUUAUUCCGUUUGCAGGAAAGUUGAAUAGGUAUAUGGUGUUUGUGUUGAUUGCGAUUGGAGUUUUGGGAACACUUUUAGUGCACGUUGUGCAGCCAUUUAACGAAGCAAAUCCACUUAAGCUAAGGUUCUUGCAACGAAUUGAUGGUAAAAACAAUGCAUCAUCUGUGCACGUAUAUGCAAGAAAAGGUUUGGCAACCGAAGUGCUUGAACAGUUACCAUCUGUGCGUCAAUCGAAUGAAACAAUACAUUGUAGUCAAUUAGCAGAUGGAAUGGAGGACUGCAGUUUUGUGAGUGCGCUUGCUCCGCAAAUCUUGCCUGGAUAUGAGCUUGGAAACUAUAUUGAGGUUACGAAUAAUGGUUCGGCACCCUCGCAGCUUUUUGGCGUUAACUAUAAUCAAAUCAAAAUAGUGGCACUAAAGAGCCAAUCGUGUUCUCUACACUUUGGGGACAGCAAGGUCAAGGCGGUAGUUGUGGGGUCGAGUUUGGAGUCUGCACCAGCAUUUAAACAUCUUCCAAGUGGAUAUUCAUUCAACAAGGAUCAUUUUUACAAGGACACAUCGGGCAUAUGGAACUUGACUCUUAAUAAACUCGACUCGCACUCAAGCUUUGACAUCUCGCUUUACUGGUUACCGGGGAUAGAUGAUGAAGCGAAUACAUUGCAAUUCGAUGUUGAAUGUUUUUGGGCAGACUUGUCACCAGUUGCGCUUAACAAUACUGUGUUUGAAGCUAUUCCUGCAUUCAACGAGGUUCAACAAUACUCGCCUAUUAGCGUCUCUUGGGCCAACAGAGAGAAAGGCUUAGUAGCAUAUACGAAACAAGUACAUGUGUAG